AUGGACCGGCUGUCCAUAAGCAGUGUAACUACCACGAGAUUUGAGCUGUCCAUUGCCAGAUAUCCGCGGCAACAGAAGCAUGACUGGGCGCGCGAGCUUGCUGGACAGGGAAGCUUGACCAUCGCCGCGUCCAGCAAGGCCUUCAGGGCCGGUUGGAUCUUCGUCACUGUCACCAGCAACAGCUUGGCCGCUUAUUCUCUGCGCAUCCGGUGGGGUAACGAAAUGCUCUGGCUCAAGGACGGCGUCCAAGAGCGGGAUCGUCUUGUGCCCGGAACUUUACGGUGGUUCUCACUCGACGUGUCCGCACAGAGAGAUCGGCUUACAUCCAUCAGAGCAGAAGCAGUGGCAGGAGUUGUUGGUGUUUGCAUUCGACGUUCCAAAGGGAGAAGGCUUGGAGGCUGGCGCCGAUGGGGCCAGGAGCUGAUGCAGCGGCUGACAUACAGUGGUGGUGCACCUUGCGGUUGGACAGAAGACCUCGGCUGCGCGUACUCGGCUGUGGCCAAUGCAUCUAUGGGUGUAGCUGCCAGCCUUGCUGCCAUUGACGUGCCUUCGGACAACGAGACUGCCACAUUAGAGCUGGCGGUGCUGGCACUGUCGUCUAGCAGCCUGGCAACCAAUGCGUCGGAGUUUGUCCUGGAGGCAGUGUUAGGCGACGUGGCUACUUUACCGGAGGAACAAACGGUGAUCAUUGAUUCGCUUGGACCUUCCUGCUGUGCUUCCUCGUCGACAGGGCAGAAGUUGUAUCGCGUGUAUCGGCACUACACUCGUUUUGCUUCUGGAUUGUUGCGACUUUUUCUCAGCCCGCUCGGAGCGGGACUUCUGGUGGGUGCAAAGCUCUCUGCACGCCGCAAAGGUGAGUCUCGUUGGUUUGAGACGCAGACAGCGCAGCAGGAGCGAGUUCUUCAACUUUACAUCAACUUAGAAGACCUUGCAAGGCAGCAUCCUCCUGGAUUUUGGCUGGAAGCCGCAGUUGAGGUCCAACAUCCAACAAACUUCACGCUGAGUUUGCUUUCAGAUUCCUCAAAUGAGGACGUACCCACCCGGCUGUCACCCAACGUGCCUGUCUUUGACAAUGUGUCAGAGGUCGCCUCCAUAAAGUAUGUUUUCCAAACAGCGCAGCAGGUUGCAUCGCUGUGCCUUAAGCCAUGUUAUGGUCAAGUUCGGAUGGACAUAGCGUCCAAUGCGAGACAAAAGCAGGAGGAUUCCUCAGCGCAUGGGAAUUGCACGAGGCUUCAGGCCCCAGAUGGCGGGGUGCUUACUGGUUCUGUGGCAGUACACAAGCUGUUCUCCGCGCCAAGUUCUGCGUACGAGGUUGAGCUGGCCACACAUCCUGGCAACAACUACAUUGCGCUUCCGGAGAUGACGGCUCUCAAUCUAACGGGCCGCAAGCUUCGAUGCCACGAGGAGGAACGCUGCGUCUUCGAGACUAUCGUCAACUUUGACCGCGCUUCGAUUGGCACCGCAGCCUCUGGCUAUGCGGCCAACCUGCAGCAUACAUUGAUUGCGCUGAAAGCGGAUCCAGAUCUGCAUCCGGAAACGACCUGCGGCCUCCUCACGGCCCUUGCAGAAAAUCGCACCAGCAACGUGACAGUGCUCAAGGACGCAAGGGGCAACUUGCUGAACAAGCUUGAGGGCAUACUCAGCAUGUAUGAAGAACCAAAUUCGACCUAUGUUGUGAAUGUCUUGGUGACGCUUGAAGGUGAAUCAGGCCAUUCCCUGGCCGCUGCAAGCUACGUACCGCUUCAGCUUCCCGCUGGUGGCUUUGAGCUGCUGCCUGAAAGCAAUAUGCAGAGCACCGCAAGUCUGCCUUUUGCUUUUACCAUAUUUGCGUUUUGCAGCUUGGCUUGGCUUCUCAACAAAAGCAGCAUCUGCAAGGGCCGUCAGGACGUUCGCGAGGCAGCGCCUGAUCGCAUUGAGAUGCAGAUGGCUUAUGAUCUUCACGAGGAAGGUACGACAAGUCUUCUUGUCCAACAAAACUAUGUUCCUCCCAGCAUCUGA